AUGGAAAUGUUAGAGGGUAAUGUAUUUGUUGUUUCUAACAAGCAGUAUACUAUAGAGUUUCAGCCCAGUGCUGAUAUGAGCUGGGCUAACAAUGAGUUAAGUCAAGCUGUCACUUACCCAUAUGCAUCUCCUUAUGUUAAUGAAAGCAAAGGAAAUAUGUGUACUAUGGGUGCCUCUAUUGGGAUGGGGGAGGAAGAUUUCUUCAAAUCUUAUACUCUGGAGGUCAGAAAUUCCCAUGUUAAGAAGGUAAAUGAGUUUAUGAUUUCCCUGCCAUCUUCUAUGAGUGGAAAAGAUUGCCAUUCUAGAAAACUACAGUUCAUGGCAGAGAAUGGGAUUUGCCAGUUAGGCAACCCCUGAAUUGGAAUUUUUGCAAAGUGGCAGCACCUGCAGCCCAUCCACUGUGAAAUUAAUGCAUGGCAAUAUGUGUUAAAUAUCAUAUACUGGGCAGCAGUACAAAGAGGUAUUUUUACCAAAUUUACUCAUAUAUUAAGUGCCUCAGCUGUAGAGAGGAGAGCUGAUCAAGGAAAUGGUAAUGAGAAUAGAAAAUUGCAGGUUUAUGUUCCACAUGAUGAUGAUGCUGGAGAACAAUCUACUAGGGUUGAUUUUAAUGCCUCUAACCAAAAGUUUUUAUGUGACCUGGGCAAUGCACUGUCAAGUUACCAUAAGGAGGAUUUUGGUGAACUUGGUUGUGGGUUGGGGUAUUUAGCUUCUGUGAUUAAGGAUCACUAUAAUGAUGAGGCUCAGAGGCACAAGAAGGUUAGCCUUAGGAAAAAUUGCACAGCUCCUUAGGAAUGCUGGGGCUCUUUUUAACAAAAUUGAAGUUAGCCCUUCCUACCUUGGUAAGCUCACGGAAUUUAGUACACUUUAUUUUAAUUAAUAUGCAAUAUUUUUUUUUAUCAGAUGUUAAUGUAACUGUGUGGACAGUGGGGUAUGCCAUGCCAUAUCAUGCAACUAAAUCGUAUGAAAGCUGCAAAGUGGGUUAUGGCAUUAUAUCAUUACAGAAAAAGAGGCUAAACACUCAGGGGUUAAAAAUGACUAGGAUUUGACAACAAAUCCAAUACAACAUCUGAAAAGGGGAAAUGAUGGCAAGUCAUGAGAGCUAAUUAUGUAAGAGCAUUUUACUUGCCAGAACAUCAACCAAUGCCAAGGUCUUAUACUUCUCAUUUUAAGUCUUGGAUUCCUUUUCACCUAAAUUCAAGCAACUUUUGCCAUUGUGGAAGAGAAAAGGAAAUUAAUGAUUGUAUAUGUGAGGUAUGUGCAGAUGCCAGGGUGACUGUCCAGUGUGCAGAGGGACAGACCUGUCAUCAUUAAAACUAGUCCUAUGCUCUGUAUGUAAUGAGAGAUUUCCUGAAACAGUAACAUAGGAGGCUCAUAAAAGUGUUCACUUAUGCAGCAAAUAGCCUGUUGGUCCAGUUACAAAUAGCUGUCAUCUAAACCCUAUAAAUAUGAAAGUAAGUGACCUAAAAAUGGAGUUGCAAAGUAUAGGCAAUUAAGCACUAGUGGAAACAAAGAUGCCUUGAGGGUACAUUAGUUAGUGAGAUUGUAGAAUAAGACUUUUCAUCGUCAAUGUAUCACCAGAAAGCUCCAUAAUCAUAUUUUAUUACCAUCUAUAAAGUUUACAUAAGUUUAUUUUUUAACCAGGUAAAUUUUAACUGCAAUGUCAUUCAAGAUUCUUUAUUAUUGAAGUUGUAAUAAAAUUUAAAAUAAUAUAUUUUAUACACUAGAUGGAAAGCUAAAUCAGUUUAUUGGAACUACUGGAAAUACACUGUCUUCUAGAAAAUUUCAACAUGAGACCAUGUUGACACAGACGUGUAACUAAUAUAUGUUUGAAAAAAAAGCUACAAACUCGUGUUUCUUUGAUCAACACUAACCUCAUAAUAUUAAUUAAUAUUACCUUGUUUAUUCAUGAGACUUUGUAAGCUUUUGUCGAAAACAAAAUCCUCUGCCGUGUACCGUUGAAUAUAAAAUGUCACCAUAGCCUUCUGAUUUUUGAGGUUGUAUUCAACAACAAAAAGUAUUUUUAGAUACAACAACGGCUGACCUGCAUUUGUAAACAGACGACUGAGCUUUCCCUUUGAUUUCGGUUGUAGACUGAAAUGUCUUUUUCUAAGAACAUCCUGGCCUUCGAAUCUUGCCGGCAAAAAUACUUUCUCCACUGCUUGUAUACAAGAUAGUGUAGAAGUAAUUUUUUAUUUUCUUUCAGUAAAUUUCACUUCUCCACUAUAGCCCCUGAACAAAACUGUUAUGUGACGAAAUAUCUGCCACGGAAUGAAGAUGACAACUGGGCCUACCAAUGA